AUAAGAGGAGAAGAAGCAGCGCGUGGUAAUAAAAACAUUAUAAGUAAUUCAGUCAAACUGGAUUGGAGUUACAAUUGUGGUACUACUUUGAGGCUCCGUGCUGGGACCCAUAUUCUUUUGGAUAUACAUUAAUGAUAUUGACAAGAGUAUCAGAUAUACAAGACUGUUUAGGUUUAAUGCGAGUGUUAAAUCUAGUUAUGUUUAGAAGCGAUAGUUAUCGCAUAUUUGUUUACGUAACUGUACGAAUCAUACGUUGUGUAGUCCCAUUGUUGUGAGUUGGCGCUUGUAAUUUGUAUUGUUGCAUCAUGUUACUAGAAGUAGAACCUAAGUUCUCGUUGUUUUGAUCGAGUAUGAUUACAUCGUAAUAUCUCGUAGUAUGUAGAAAUUUAUGGGCCUUGGUCAGGCUAUAAAUACGCGUACAAAAUUUAAAGUGAAAUUAGCGCAGAUUGUAUUGUGACAACAGAGCAGAGGAAAAUAGAGGAGCUGUAACAUGAGGACAGGUUAAAUCCUUAAAAUAAUUUUCAGUUGAAAAAAGAAGGGUUAAAGGUGAUGAAUGCGUAAUAAAGCAAGGCUGGAUAUAGGCAUGGUUGUUGAAAUGAAUUGGACACCCAUGAUGGGCCAAACAACACAUUGUUGUUCCUCAAAUAUUAUUGUAUAUGUUAACAAUAUUGGUAUGACUCAUGUUCAGGAAAGAAUAUUUUCUAGUUUUUUUUACAUUUCAUGCACUUUUAUUACAAAAAGCAACAACAAAAACAUUAUAAUACUUUUGCUUUAGACUUGUUAAUGAUGUAUAGUUAUGCAUUAUCAAAAUAUAGAAACAUUUAUUGAUAUAAAUAUAGAUAUGUGUAUGCAUGGGAGCUAAAAAUACUUGUUGUGGGUCACAACAAUGUACAGGAAAUAAGUUGCAUGCAUUCUCACUAAGAAUAGCACUUAGCUACUGCAAUGGUAAAGGAAUGUGAGGUGGGAUUAGACCAUUGUGAACUAAGUAUGUUUUGCUGUACUGAUCACUAGUCACUGUGAUAGUAACAGCAUGUGAUAACCCUUGUCUGACAGGAUUGGGUAACACAUUGAACUUCAUUCAUGAUAGGGAUAGGGGUUUGUAAUUAUUCCCCUUGAACAAGGAUAUCCAUGGCCACUUGAGCUAUACUGAAGGGAUAUUGCUGGCUGUGAGGAGGAUGUUUCUGGUUUACAAAAGGGGCUUAGAUUAUUUGCACGUCUUGAGCAAUGUCAGCCAUUAAGAAAACCGGAAAUGUCAUCUAUGUUUUGUCAAUAAUCACAGACCUUGGAAAAGAAAUCACAAAACUUCUACCAAGAGAUGUGGAAGUGAAAACAGUCAUUCCUGUCAGCCAACAAGAGAAGUCAAGUAAGCUUUGGGAAGUUAUUUUGACAAAUGAUGUUAUUAAGCAGCUAGAAGGAGCAGAGUUAUUAGUUGCUGACAGCUUUAUGUUAAGGCAGUUUAUGUAUGACAUUCCAUCUCUAAAGUGGGUGCAGUGUACUUGGGCAGGUAUGGAACGUUUAAUCCAGUACAUAGAUCCACUAAAGCCUGAACCACCAUUUGUAAUUACAAGGUAUGCAGAUAUGAAUGCUGGGAAAUCAAUGGCUGAAUAUGUUAUUGGUCAGAUCAUUAAUAAUGAGAGAAAAUUCUACCACAAGUGGGAAUCACAAAAAAAAAUGUAUGGGAUUUUCAUUACCAUGAGUAUCGUCUGUUGGAUGAACUUACCAUUGGAAUACUUGGAGCUGGAAAUCUGGGAUCAACAGUCUGCCAAAUUUCCCGAAGACACACUUACUACAUUAAAACUCCCUGUAUGUAUGCUUUCACAGUUACCUGGUUGA